GAUAAAACCGAAAGAAAAUUGUUCUUUCGAUUUGACGACGUAGAAGACCAUCGAAGAUUUCCUAGAUAUUUCAACUAGGUUCACAUAGGCUCCACAUCUAGCGCCGGUGUACAGAACCCCUAGGUGAAUAAUCGGUAGAAAAAGCCGCAGAGUAGCUAAGUCGAUCGUACGCCGGCUACUAAGUUUAAUCUGGCCACAGUGCUAAACUGGGUUUUCGCUGCUGGUCAGGAAAAGGAAACAAGGCACUCUUUCAGGAUUAAUAUCAGUUUCUCUCUAACCGUGACUGGCAAAGCCGUCAAUGGCUUCCUCAACUGGGGCCACAUCCUUGGAACAACGACGCUGGGUAGUGGUGGGUAUUGCCCUUCAAAAUGUUCUCACCCCUUGUCUCAGGGUCAAAAUUCAGAGCGAGAUGAAGCCAUUUUACCAGCAUCUGGUGGCAUCUUGUGGACUAGAUAAGCAGACCUAUCCAACUCACCGAAAAACCAUUCCUCCAAGCACGUUGAAGCUGAACUACGAAAGUAUCAACAAUAACGCCGCCCUGCACAAAAACCCGCGUCACUAUGACUACCGUGUAAAGGAUGAAAUUUCUUUGGCGAAAUUGUUUAUGAAGCCAUUCAUGACCCAUUUCAAUGCAUUUGAUACAUCCUUUGACGCUUCUGCAGCUCUUGCCGUUCUUUGCGGGGCAAUACCAUUCACUUCGGUACGACCAUUCGCCGAAGACGUACGUUCAGAGGUGCGCAAUGAAUGGGCUCAUUGCAACUUUGCCAGGUGGACUGACAUCCAAUACAAUCACUGCUUCGAUCUCUUGGAGGCCUUGGUCAAAAACCUUAAGCUGCUUCCAGCUGAUGAACUGAGUAUCAUGAACGAGCUCCAGCUAUGGAGAAAAAGAGGACUAGAUAUAUGCCUUGGUGAACCACUUGACAACGCUCUUCUCCACUUUAUUCGUAAUGAUGUUCAAAACCUCAUCGAUUCCUUACAUCGCAACGAAAAAGAACAAGAUAAAAACAUGAAAAGCGUCUGUUCUACUCUUGCCAUGAUUAAGUCCGAGUUUGAAAGAGCUAUCUUUAGCAUCGAAGAGAAACAGUCAGAUCUGCAAAGCGUUUGUAAAGAUUUGGAGAAAAGGCAAGAUACGAUUACAAGACAGAUGGAACAGAAGAACGAGGAACACAUGAACCUUUUAAAAAGUUCUGAGAUUAACUGGAAGAUGCGGCAAGAACAAUUGGAGCUCCGCUGUAACUCUCUAGAAAUUGAGGGAUCGGCCAUGCAGAGAGAUUUGGAUAUACUGAAGGAAAAACUUGAACGUUCUUCCCUUUCAGAUGAAUCUAGGGAGAUUGUAUUUGAUGCGCCAGAUCAAAGCAAAUGGUUCACAGGGCGAGAAAAUGAACUAUCAAUUCUGGAAAAAUGUCUACAAUUCGAAAAAAGCGGCGUAUUAAACAUGGCAGCCAUAUGCGGUCUUGGAGGAUGCGGGAAGACCACGUUAGCAGCUCACUUUGCAUGGGAACGUAAACCGGAAUACGAAGGAGGAGUGUUUUGGAUCUCCAUGGAAGAUGACCAUACGUUUGAAAAUUCUCUGAAUGACCUUGCUUUACGUUUGGGAUUGCUCGCGGAUUCAUUUGACCUAACGCUGUCUAAAGUGCUCAAUUACCUUUCAAGAACCAAAAAGCCAUGGUUGUUGGUGCUUGACGAUGUAGACCAGCUUAACCUCUCCAACCAAAUGCGAAAAGUUUGUUGUGGAGGAUGGAGAAGGCAAGCUUUCGGUCAUAUCUUACUCACUACGAGACGUAAAUCGGGAGAAGUCUGUGAUUCUUUUGACGUAAAUCUAUCCAAUUGCGUGGAGUUGUUUUCCUUUUCAGAAGACGAAUCAGUACGUUUUCUUGUUUCUCGAAGUGGUCUCGUAGAUCCCACAGGACAAGAGGAAUUAUUGAAAGAACUUAUUGGUGAGCUCGGUGGUCUUCCGCUUGCCUUAGAACAAGCUGGUGCUCACAUCAAAGCCCUUCAAUGUCCCAUAAGCAAGUAUCUUGAAGAGUACAAAAGCCAGCGAUUAAAGUUGCUGAGCCAGCAUCCAGCAAAACCAUCGUCGGAGUACGAAUCCAAAAGUCGGCUGGCAGUACAUACCACGUGGCUUAUUAACUUCGAGUACGUCAAGAAGUCAACAAAUGGUGAAGCAGCAUCAAGCUUUGUAAACGUUUGUGCCUUUCUGGAGCCUCAUGAAAUUCAAGACGAGAUAAUCGACGGAAAGGUGCUUUCCUCUGACGAUAAGGUGCUAGAAAGUUCCUGUGGUCCUUUGAUAAAAGAUCACAUCCUGGAAGUCAUCACAAAGUUUUCGCUAUUCCAGAGAAUAUCCUCCACGUCACUAGGCCUACAUCGUCUGGUUCAGGAAGUUAUUAGAACCAGAAUGACUAUGGAGGAAACCGCUUCUUCAAUGCUGAGAGCUGUUCGAAUCCUCCACAGCUGUUUUCGUCGUUGCCCCUCUCCAGACCAGAUUGUUUCGAAUGUAACUGGAAACGUAACAGAACAAGCAUCUGCUUCUGUAACUGAUCCUUCCUUGUUCUAUCACUGGUCAAAGUUAACCAUUCAUGCUUCCCAGCUGCAACAGCAUUUGAGAUGCUUUCUUGAUCAAGGCGACAUUGGGAAAGAAGUGAAAACAGUCGUUUUAACUACUGAGACGUCCCGGAUCAUUUAUGAAAACGCCAUGAAGCUGAGCGUGUAUGGUCAUCAAGAGAAAGCCAAGGAAGCCGAGAGAUUUGCAUUUCAAAUUUUAGAUUUUGAUACAUGUGUGAGCAAGGUAUUUUCUAAUGAAGAACUUAGAAAGCUAUUUCCACAUACUCUUCCCCUUUCUCACAUUUUUCAAAAAAUUAUUUUCUACUCGUCACGACCACCAGUAGAGAUUCAGAAAACGUCUACGUUGGAAAUCCAGAAGAGUGCAGAUACAGAGCAAUUCCGUUUGCAAGGAAACGAGUUUUUCAAAGAAGGUCUCUAUGAAGCGGCAAUCAGUUCUUACACUGAGGGAAUUGAAGCAAUACAGGGAGGAAACAACCCGGACCCCUUAUUAUUUAACAACAGGGCAACUGCAUAUCUUAAACAAGGAAAGUUUGAAAAAUGUAUUAAAGAUUCCAACGAGUAUAUCAGUAUUGUGCCUAACUGCUGGAAGGGAUACACUAGGAAAGCUUUGGCACUGAAUGGUCUUGGACAAAGACUCUCUGCCUUAUGCUUCGCCGCUAUCGCGUAUCACCUUGAUGGUAAGUGCUGUCGUCGUUACGAGCCUUUCAAAUCUGCUUUCAGAGAUCUGGAUGGAAACUGGAAUAUUUGUGAAUCAUCAGAGGCUCUCUGCAGGGAUGUAAUGUACAGUAACAGCAGCAAGUCACAUCCGAAAGUACUUCUUCUUCCAAACGGAGAAUAUUGGGUAAAUAACUCACCGAAGCGUCACAACUCCAACACUGACUUUCAAGCUUCCAUCAGUAACACAGUAGUAGCUGCUCUAGGUAACGAUGCUAAGGUCACCAUUCACUUUGGGAGACUUAGCCUAGAAGAGGAUUGCUUUUUUCGAGGUAUUAAUCUCUUAACAGAGUAUACACUCGUUGCACCCAAUGGCAAUGUCACGUUCGAGAACUGUCUCUUUUGGAGGAAAGGCUCAGCCGAACCUUUAGUUCAUGUAAAUGGAACGGCAAGGUUUCUUCACUGCACACUCAAGGGUAGCGGAGGUUGUGGACUAGUAGUACAAGGCCUAAAUGCUUCAGCCCUGAUGUUAGAAUGUCAUGUGGCUGGAAAUGGUACGAUGGGACGUUAUGCCUCUGGGGUUAGAGUGUUUAACAAAGGAAGUGUUGCAAUACAUAAGUGCCACAUUCACGGAAAUACAAGAGGAAUUUGGGUCGACGAAGAAAGAGCUGGUGUCUUAGCAAAGGAAGCCACAAUAACCGACUCCGAGAUUUACGACAAUAAGUACGAGGGAAUCCUCGUGGCCGGACUCCCCCCUCAAUUCAUCGUUUCGCUCCCCGUAGAAAUUCGUGGAAACAAGAUAUAUCACAACAGUACCUUUGGUGUUCGCGUUAUGUUAAACCAUAAUGACGUCAUUUUGGAGAAUAACGUGAUAUUUGAGAACUUCUAUUGAGGAGUUUACAUCCACAGCAACUCGGGCGGUCUCUAUAAGGGAAAUGAGAUCUGUAACAACAAAAUGGGUGGCAUAAUGGCCGGAUUUCAAAGUCCAGGAAAAGUCCCAUGUGUGGUAGAAAACAACUACAUACACGAUAACUGUGGUCCUGCUUUUCAUGAGGGACUUCGCACCUACGAAUUAUAUUCUUUUCCGUUGAAACUGCGAAACGUUCUUAUGUGUAGCGAU